ACAAAGAUGUCCUAAUUCCCACUGUGGACAGGUGGAGCCUCUUCAGAACGCUUCACAGGGAACUUCUCUUCCUUGAUCCCGCGAUAGAGUCAAAAUAACCUAACAGACUUCAGUGGCCCGACAUCCUUCACGUCACUGCCGGCUCUUCAUUCAGAGGUGCUUUGGUGGCAGGUGGAGUUAUAAUUAUAGAAGAGAGAAAAAGCAACAUCAGCAGCUGUUGCUUCUGUCUGUCCCCAGCUAUAACUGUCAUCAGUGGGCAAACUGGCAUAAACAGGCCUCCACAAGUGGAAAAACAUUUAACCCCUGCGCUUGGGCCACUCUGGGUCCUCAGAGCAGCCAGAGAACAGAAAGUCUGACUGUGCAUGAGGGAAGGGUGAAACCGAGAGGCAGCCAUCGACCUGACGGCACCUCUUCAGGGGGAGCCUGAAACUGGAAGAUUCUCUUUCCUGUUGGAGACUCCAAGCCACAUAAAUAGAAAAAGCUAUCCAAGAUGACUGUCACUUACUCCAGUAAAGUUGCAAAUGCAACUUUUUUUGGAUUUCAUAGGUUACUCCUCAAGUGGAGAGGCAGCAUCUACAAACUACUGUACAGGGAAUUUAUUGUUUUUGCUGUUCUUUACACAGCAAUAAGUUUGGUAUACAGAUUGUUACUUACAGGAGCCCAAAAACGUUUCUUUGAAAAAUUAUCAAUUUACUGUGACAGAUAUGCUGAACAAAUUCCAGUGACCUUUGUGCUUGGGUUUUAUGUGACUUUGGUAGUGAACCGAUGGUGGAACCAGUUUGUGAAUCUGCCCUGGCCCGACAGGCUGAUGUUCCUCAUCUCCAGCAGCGUCCACGGAAGCGACCAGCACGGGCGCCUGCUCCGGAGGACGCUGAUGCGCUACGUCAACCUCACGUCCCUGCUCAUCUUCCGCUCGGUGAGCACAGCUGUGUACAAAAGGUUCCCCACCAUGGACCACGUGGUGGAAGCAGGUUUCAUGACGGCAGAUGAAAGGAAAGUAUUCGACCACCUCAAAUCUCCUCAUCUGAAAUACUGGGUUCCGUUCAUCUGGUUUGGAAAUCUUGCAGCCAAAGCCCGGAAUGAAGGUAGAAUCAGAGACAGUGUUGACCUUCAAUCACUGAUGACGGAAAUGAACCGAUUCCGCUCUUGGUGCAGCCUCCUAUUCGGUUAUGACUGGGUUGGAAUUCCGCUGGUCUACACCCAGGUUGUCACUCUUGCCGUCUACACCUUCUUCUUUGCAUGCCUGAUUGGACGCCAGUUUCUGGAUCCCAGCAAGGGCUACGCGGGGCAUGACUUAGACCUUUACAUUCCAAUCUUUACUCUCCUGCAAUUCUUCUUCUAUGCAGGAUGGCUCAAGGUAGCUGAGCAGCUCAUCAACCCUUUUGGAGAAGAUGAUGAUGAUUUUGAAACUAACUGGUGCAUCGACAGAAAUCUGCAGGUCUCUCUUUUAGCUGUGGAUGAAAUGCACAUGAGCUUGCCCAAGAUGAAGAAGGACAUUUACUGGGACGACUCUGCUGCCCGACCGCCGUACACACUGGCAGCCGCUGACUACUGCAUACCCUCAUUUCUGGGCUCCACAAUCCAAAUGGGGCUGUCCGAGUCCCACUUUCCUGGCGAGGAGUGGCUGUGGGACUUCGAGAAGCAUGGCCACCGGCGCUCGGUGAUCAGACGGGUCAAGCGGUUCCUGAGCACCCACGAACACCCCUCCAGCCCCAAGAGGAGGAGCUACAGGAGGCAGGCCAGCGACAGCUCCAUGUUCCUGCCCCCCAGCCCAGCCCGAGAUCUGCUGGAUGUGCCUCCCAGAAGCUCCCCCAGAGCCUCAGCCCCCCAGAAGCCAUCGCAUUCCCCAGAGGGCAGCCCCCCCACGCUGCACUCCAGCGUGGGAGAACUGCCCACCAUCAGGGAGACCAGCCAGACCAGCACCUUGCCGAGCCUGACCCCGCAGUCCAGUGUGAGAGCCUCCCCCACCAAGAUGCCCCAGGUCCCGGAGGUGCUGAUCACAGCAGCUGAAGCUCCGGUGCCUCCAGCAGAGGGCGACCCCCACGACUCCACUACCUCCAUCUUGAGCCUGGAGUUUACCGGCGUUCAGCCGAGCAGGACGGGGCAGCAGGAGGACCCGGGGGGUCGGAUACAGCCCCCUUCAGAUCUCCGUCCCCAGGCUGCUGAGAGAAACACUCUCAAGCUUGAGCAAGACCCUGAUGGCGCCAAGAUCCUGAAAAGGUGGAGCCUCCCAGAGUUCCGGGAGCGCAGCCACACCUCCCCGGGAAACCGAAGUCCGCAACCUGAGAACCUGCAGCCACCUCUUUUACUUGACACAGAACUAUCCUCCGAGAUCCGUGGAGCCAACACUGGGACUGGCUCUUGGGUCUCUCCUGAUAUGAGGUAUUUAAUGGAAAACCUGGACACCCAGGAAACGGAUAUCAUAGAGUUCAACGAUGAGCAAGCGGAGGAAUCAGCCAGAGCGGUGCCACAAAGUUCUCGGACCUGGUUCUAGCGUAGAUUCCUAAUUUACCGGAAGUCCAGCGUCAGCCUUGGAAUGCACCCGGGGCUGGGCAGUUUUCUGAAAAGUAACCAUAUGUAUAAGCUACUCAGAACUGUGAAGGGCAUUAUCAUCCCGGCGUUUUGAAAACUGUGAAAAGCAAACACAUUUAAGUCAUCCAUCACAAGUGGCCUUGGUUAUACUGACCACAGUGACUUGUCUUAGCCAAAUAAGGAAUCAUACAUGUGUGUGUGUGACUUACAAAUUCGUAUCUCAUUAGUUUGGGAAAGGGCCUGAUAGUCCAAUCCUGAGACACAAAGAACUCUGCUGCUUCUUUCUCUCUCUCUCUCUCUCUUUUUUUUUUUUUUUUUUUUUUUUUUUUUUUUUUUGACAGGCAGAGUGGACAGUGAGAGAGAGACAGAGAGAAAGGUCUUCCUUUUGCCGUUGGUUCACCCUCCAAUGGCCGGCGCACCGCGCCGAUCCGAUGGCAGGAGCCAGGUGCUUCUCCUGGUCUCCCAUGGGGUGCAGGGCCCAAGGACUUGGGCCAUCCUCCACUGCACUCCCGGGCCAUGGCAGAGAGCUGGCCUGGAAGAGGGGCAACCGGGACAGAACCCAGUGCCCCAACCGGGACUAGAACCCGGUGUGCCGGCGCCGCUAGGUGGAGGAUUAGCCUAGUGAGCCGCGGCGCCGGCCUCUUCUUUUCUUAACUAUGAAGACAGGCACCAGAUCACAUAGUGCCCCCCAGACUCCUUUUUGAUUAUGAUUCUCUGAAGCUUGCUAACCAGCUCGUUCCUGCCCUGGGGAACUAUCACAGUGAUCCUGUCCCAAUUCUUCAGCCUCAUCAGCAUCAGAAAAUUUCAUUUCUCUUCCACUGCCUUUCCUCUGGCUCUCUUCCUCCUUUAUUCUCUCAUCCUUUUUUCUUCCCUUCUCUAGUCUUGCUCCUCUAGUAACUCUAUUCUGUCCCACUGUUCAGCUUGUAAUAUUUUCUCUUGCUUACUCUGUUGCUAAUUUCUUACCAUUGUGUUCAGAAUGGGAGGUACUGGCAAAUCCUCCUACAUAAUAAUCAAAGAUUACCACACAUCCAGCCCGAAACCCUUCCAGUCUCACAGUGGGAGGGUGGGAGAGUUGGUGGUCUCCUACCACUCCCUCAGCAGCCUUUGCCAUUUUAACAAAAAGAUUUAUUUAUUUGAAAGACAGUCAUAGGGCGAGAGCUCUUCCAUCUGCUUAUUCAACCCCCAAAUGGCCACAACAGCCAGAGUGAAAGCCAACAGCAUGGAGGUUGAUCUGGGUUUCCCACAUGGAUAGCAGGGUCCCAAAGCACUGGGCCAUCUUCCACUGCUUUCCCCGGUGUAGAGAGCUGGAUCGAAAGUGGAGCACCCAAGGCCUUGAACUGGAGCCUAUACGGGAUGCCGGCAUCACCGGCAAUGGCUGAAUCUGCCGUACCACAACACCGGUCCCUGCCUUUUCCAUUUCUUCUCCUCUUUGUUCUUGGACACUGGAGAAAACUGAAGCCAAGAGGAUAAAAAACUUGCAUCAGCAAAUGCAAUGGAAUCAAAGACUAGCAUGGCUUGGAUCUGGUUAAAGCAAAGGCUUUAGCAAAAUUCCCAAUUCUGCCACAACAUGGGACCAGUUAUUAUGUCCUUUGGGUUGCUUGGAACCAGGCAGUACAAUGGGGUCGGGGUCUACCUAAUGGGAGUCAGAUGCUAAUUAACUCCGCAGGGAGCACUCACGGUGGCUAUUUGUUGAGGGCCCAACUCUGGAAGGCCUUGCAGCUUUCACCACUUGUCUUAGGAUGAAGCUGAACUACGCAUGACUGAUGAAAUAAAGCAGCCUUAAAAAAAAGGAAUCAAGUAGCCCUUGUAGCUACCAGUUCACAGUGUUCCAGGCAGCGGCGUGUGAAGUUCACAGAUGAUCCCGCUAAUUCUUAGGGGAAUCCGCUGAGAUGGGUAGAUGAACACGAUGAUCUUCAUUUUUAAAGAUGAAGAAAGCCAAGGCUUUGGAGAACUAAUUUGCCCUAAAUCACGUAGCCAGCAAGUGGCAGAAUUCAGAUUCAAACCCAGGUUCAUCGACAGAGACCACACUCAGCCACUGUGCUGUGCUGUCUGUAAGGCCCCGGAUGUCAUAGCAAAUUGCCCAGAAUUCUGAAGCAUGCCCCCAGGGAGCCACGCCCAAGUCACAAAUUCAUACCAAAGCUCUUCCUGGGUCCCCCUUGCUUCAGUCUGCUUGCGUCUUCCAUGCACUCCUAGAGGAGGGUAUUGCUCCAACUUGAGCCCCAGCCAUGGUCCUCCUUAUUUUUCAUGCCAAAAGUUGGCAGAACCUUCCCUCUCCUCCCCAGCUCCUCCAGAUUGGCAGUGUUCUCCGUAGUGCAUCUUCGCCAGACCUUGAAUCUCACUGGGCUCCUGGAGCUGCACCACAGCAAUGACAUUUACUUUAACUGGCUUUCCUCAGAGGACUGAAAGGAAGCAAUAGGAGAGAAGCGAUGUCCAUUGGUGGUUCUGUGUGUUGGUUAAUAAUGUUAGAACCUGGCAAAGUACUGAAAUUCCCAAAGCACUACGUACAGACAAUGGGGUCAAGUACCAAUAAACCACUGUAAAAGGCAAUAGCCUUCACUUCUCCCAGUUACCAGCCUCUUAAUGCCAUUUCUUGGGUAUUUCAACUUAAAGUCCCCACAUUCUCUUCUCUUUGGUCCUAUUUAUUGCUCAACUUCAAGUGACUUUCUCCUUAGCUACUUUUGAAGCAUAAUCAAUUUUUGCUCAUAAAGUGACAAAUUAUUCACAGACUAAUACAUUUUGUGUAGAGCUAGAAGGUGGCUCAUUCGUCUCUGCUUCCAUCCAUUCCUUAUGCAUCUUUAUUCCCCAAGAAUUAUUUAAUUUCCUCAAUUUUUCUUCACAACCUGAGCUGGCCUCCCAUUUUCUUCUUGCAGUGAAAAUUGAAUUAUGACCUGUUCAAUGAGCCCAUGUGGUUGAAUUCAGUAAUAAAUUCAAGUCAGAAUUGCCCAGAGCAGAUGAAAAAAUUCUCUGUUUGUUCUGAAAGAAGUUUUCACCCAACACAAAGUUGUAAAAAUAAAAUAAUUUAUUUUCAUUGCCUGCCUAGUCCAUUUUCUCCUGAACUCUGGGAAC